AUGACGUUGCGGCAGGAGCUAGCAUCUUGGAAGUUUCCACAGCAACUUCAAAUCGCCCAGGUUCCUAAUUCUGGCACAUUUGCUCCGUCGAGUGAUCAGAUACCCUUACCGCCGCCAAAUGGCAAGCCUACGGUCAUUACAUUUCUGAGGCACUGCGGCUGCCCAUUCGCCGAGAAGGCAUUCCUCGAUUUACGAACGACGGCCAGCGCCAACCCAUCUGUGAAUUUCAUAGCAGUAUCGCAUAGUGAUGCCAAAGCCACUGAGAAGUGGAUCAAUGCGCUCGGGGGUUCUCGACGUGUGCAGGUGAUAGUCGACGCGGAUCGCCAACUCUACACGAAGUGGGGAUUGGGAGUUGCCAGCUUCUGGCACUUGUUGAACCCACAAAGCAUGUGGGGUGUCUAUCAACUGGCAAGCCAUGAAGGUAUCUGGAACCGGCCGACGGAAAGCGGUACACGAUGGCAGACAGCAGGCUCCUUUGCAGUGGACAAGAAAGGACAUGUCUGCUGGAGUCGGCCGGCCCUGAGCGCACAUGAAGUCCCAAACUUUGAUGAAGCAGUCAAGGCAAUGCAAUAG